AUGGCCCCCAAGAAAGCGGUCUCUGCCAGCGGCGAUGUCAGUGAGGGUCCCUUCAAAUGGGAAGGCCCCAACGACAACAAGCUCCUCCUCAUCACCCAAGGCCGCUAUGUCAAGCCGGAAGAGUAUGAGCAGCUCACCACCGCCUUCCCUGGCACCACCAUUGGCAGCAUCCGCAACCGCAUCUCCGCCCUCCGUGUCAAACAGCGCGACUUCUACGACUCCAUGGGUUGGACUCUUCCUGAAGGUGGCGCCACGAAGAAGACUCCCAGCAAGAAGAAGACGCCCACCAAACGCGAUGUAGAGGACGCAGGUGUCGAUGACGCCGAUGACGCCGAGCAGACACCAUCCAAGAAGCCGCGCGCGCGUAAGCCCAAGACGCCCAAGAAGGCCAAGGCUGCGGUUGAGGUUGAGGAAGGUAGCGAGAGUGAGGAAAAGAAGGUCAAGGAUGAGGUCGGUAACGAGGAGGACAUGGGAGAUCUCGGUGUUUGUCGGCGAUGA